AUGGCAACCACUGCGACCAAGAAGACAGUUCACUUCGUAUUCUCCGCGUUUCCAGCGUGGGGACACGCAAAAUCUUUCUGCGUAUUGGCAACUCGUCUGGUCGAAGAGAACGAGAAUGUUGUCAUCACUCUGAUUCUCGCGCCGAAUCUGCUGGAUAAAGCUGAGACGCUGAUAAAUACCGAGUUAGAUUUUUUGAAUGCAUCUGAUGAGACUCGAAAACGUAUCAGACUUCUCUCAACUUUCAAGCCAGACUCGCCUGAUUUGUUCAGCAUGCUCAAACCUCUUGUUGAGACUUAUGCUAAAACCUAUGGAACACUUGUGGCGUCCAAACCUAUCACUUGUGCUAUUACUGGGAAAGUUUUCGAAGCAGUAUCGACCCCUGACAUUGUUGUUCUCGACAUGUUAGCCACGCGCGCCAUCACUGGCAAAAAAGUACCUAUUGUUACGUGGGUGACUGGACAUGUAUCGCAUUCUCUUCGCUUGUUUGGGCCUGCUAGCCAUGGAGGAGCGUUUGAGGACCUUUGGGAUCGAGUUGAAGCGGAGGUGGCACGCACUGGUAAAACUCCACAAGAAAUUGGGGACUCGGUUUAUCAUCAAACAGAAGGAAAGAUAUCCAAGAUCGCGGGAGUGCCUGAUAUGUACGACUGGGAAGUCUUCCCACAGACGCUUCUGCUCGAAGUUCCUCUCACUGAAAUCAUCAAAACUGCCCAAGGAGGUCUCAAGGAAUCCGAUGCAGUAUUUGCGACGACGGCAUACGGUUUCGAAGAGGAGUCAAUUCUAGCGUUUAAAUCUUGGUUUGCUAGCACCUCGAAAGAAGCUUAUGUUAUUGGGCCUAUUCUAUCCAACGCAACAGUUAAAGAUUCUCCCGGUAGCACAGAGACAAAGGAUUUCCUCGACAACGCAUAUGCCAAAUACGGCAAAAACUCUGUCCUUUUGAUCUCUUUUGGCACUAUCUUUUGGACCGCAGAGCAAAGCUACAUCGAAGAGGUGAUUGAAGCAUUGAUCGAAAAGAAAUUCCCCUUCAUUCUAAGUUAUGCAUCGCCCUGGGCAAAGAUGUCCGAUGCGUUGAUUGAAAAAAUCAAGGCUACAGGCCUGGGUUUAAUCUCAAAAUGGGUUCCUCAACAAUAUAUCCUCAGCCACCCAGCUACCGGCUGGUUCAUGACUCAUGGCGGGCACAACAGCGUGAUUGAGACACUCGGAAGUGGAAUUCCUGUAAUCUGCUGGCCUUUUGAGGCGGACCAGCCCGUAGCUGCAGCACAUAUGACAGAAAACCUGAAAGUUGCUUUCGAGCUAAUCGAAGUACGAACUGGAGCAAAUGGAAUGAAACCUUUGCUCAGGAACGGACGCCAGGCCAAAGGGACACGAGAGGCCGUUGGUGUUGAAAUUAGAGAGGUCAUCGAUGCGUGCCGCAGUGAGAAGGGAGACGAGCUUCGUAGAAAUGCCCAGGCCAUUAAAGCCAAGUUCGCAGAAGCUUGGACAGAAAAUGGUGUGAGCAGAAAAGAGUUCAGGGCCUUUGUGGAGAAGUUUGGCCUUGAUAUUUCUUAG